AUGAAUAAAUCCAAGGUUGAACUGAAAUCGCAAGGAUCAGUAUCCCUUCAAGACGUGACUGUGGGCUUCACCCAGGAGGAGUGGCAGCGCCUGGACUCGACCCAGAGGUCCUUGUAUAGAGAUGUGACGCUGGAGAACUACAGGAACCUUGUCGCAGUGGGGUAUUGUAUUACCAAACCAGAGGUGAUCUUCAGACUGGAGCAAGGAGAAGAGCCAUGGAUAUUGGAGGAAGAAUUCCCAAGCCAAAGCUUCUCAGAAGUCUGCAAAACUGAUCGCAUGAAAGAAAGGAGCCAAGAAAACCAGCCUAAACACAUAUGGAAAGUUGUAUUGAUCAAUAACAAAAGUCUGACUAAAGAACAAGGUAAUGUACUAGGAAAGUCACUUGAGUUGGACACAAAUUCUUUUCCUCACAGAAAAAUACUCUGUCAUUGUGGCUCAUGUGGAAUGAGCUUCAACUAUAUUUCAGAAUUGGUUAUUGAUAAAAACUCUUUAGGGAAAAAGACCAAUGAAUUUAAUGCCUGCGGAAAAUUGCUACUCAGUAUUAAACGUGAGAAAACUCAUAUUGGAGAAAAAAAUGAAUUUUUUAAAAGUGGAAAAAUUGUCAGCCAUAAUGAGGAUUCUGUUCAGCUUGAGAAGAUUCAAACUUUAGAGCAAAAUUUUGCAUAUAACAUACAUCAAGAAACCUUCAAUGAAAAGAAAACUCAUAAAGGAGAGAAGCACUUUGAAUGUAAUGAAUGUGGGAAAGCUUUUUGGGAGAAGUCACACCUCACUCGACAUCAAAGGAUUCACACAGGAGAGAAACACUUUCAGUGUAAUGAGUGUGGAAAAACUUUCUGGGAGAAAUCAAACCUCACUAAACAUCAGAGGUCACACACAGGGGAGAAACCGUAUGAAUGCAGUGAAUGUGGGAAAGCCUUCAGCCACAAGUCAGCCCUCACAUUACACCAGAGAACACAUACGGGCGAGAAACCCUAUCAGUGUAAUGCAUGUGGGAAAACUUUUUAUCAGAAGUCAGACCUCACUAAACAUCAGAGAACACACACAGGACUAAAACCCUUUGAAUGUUAUGAAUGUGGGAAAUCUUUCUGUAUGAAUUCACACCUUACAGUACAUCAGAGAACUCAUACAGGGGAGAAACCCUAUGAAUGUCAUGAAUGUGGAAAAAUCUUCUAUAAUAAAUCAUACCUAACUAAACAUAAUAGAACACAUACAGGGGAGAAGCCCUAUGAGUGCAACGAAUGUGGGAAAACCUUCUGCCAGAAGUCACAGCUCACUCAGCACCAGAGAAUUCACAUAGGGGAGAAACCCUAUGAAUGCAGUGAGUGUGGAAAGGCUUUCUGCCAUAAGUCAGCUCUAAUUGUACAUCAGAGAACACAUAUAGAAGAAAAGCCCUAUAAAUGUAACGAAUGUGGAAAAUCUUUUUGUGUGAAGUCAGGACUUACUCUGCAUCAGAGGAAGCACACAGGAGAAAAGCCCUAUGAAUGUAAUGAAUGUGGGAAAUCCUUCAGUCACAAAUCAUCACUCACGGUGCAUCACAGGGCUCACACAGGAGAGAAGUCUUGCCAAUGUAAUGAAUGUGGGAAAAUUUUUUACCGUAAAUCAGACCUCGCUAAACAUCAGAGAUCACACACAGGGGAGAAGCCCUAUGAAUGUAACACAUGUCGGAAAACCUUUUCUCAGAAGUCAAACCUUAUUAAGUCAGCCCACAUAAGACAUCAGAGAACCCACACAGGGGAGAAAUCCUAUGAAUGUCAUGAAUGUGGGAAAAGUUUCUACAAGAAUUCAGACCUCAUUAAACAUCAGAGAAUUCAUACAGGGGAGAAACCUUAUGAAUGUCACAAAUGUGGGAAAUCCUUCAGUGAAAAGUCAACCCUCACCCAACACCAUAGAACACACACAGGGGAGAAACCAUAUGAAUGUCAUGAAUGUGGGAAGGCCUUCUCAUUUAAGUCAGUUCUUACUGUACAUCAGAAGACACACACAGGGGAGAAGCCCUAUGAAUGUUAUGAAUGUGGGAAGGCCUUCCUAAGAAAAUCAGACCUCAUUAAACAUCAAAGAACUCACACAGGAGAAAAACCUUAUGAAUGUAGUGAAUGUGGGAAAUCUUUCUCUGAGAAGUCAACUCUCACUAAACAUUUGAGAACUCAUACAGGGGAGAAACCAUAUGAAUGUAAGGAAUGUAGGAAGUCCUUUUCCCAGAAAUCACACCUCACAGUACAUCAGAGAACACAUACAGGGGAGAAACCCUAUAAAUGUAAGGAAUGUGGGAAAUUCUUCUCUAGAAAUUCACACCUCAAAACUCAUCAGCGAACUCACACAGGAGAGAAACCCUAUGAAUGUAAGGAAUGUGGUAAAUGCUUCUACCAGAAGUCAGCCUUAACAGUACAUCAGCGAACUCAUACAGGGGAGAAACCCUUUGAAUGUAAUAAAUGUGGAAAAACCUUUUACUAUAAAUCGGACCUCACUAAACAUCAGAGAAAACACACAGGGGAGAAGCCCUAUGAAUGUAAUGAAUGUGGUAAAUCUUUCUCUGUGAAUUCAGUCCUCAGAUUACAUCAAAGGACUCACACAGGAGAGAAACCGUAUGAAUGCAAGGAGUGUGGGAAAUCCUUCUCUCAGAAGUCACAUUUUCAUCAGAGAACACACACAGGAGAGAAACCCUAUGAAUGUACUGAAUGUGGGAAAUCCUUUUGUCAGAAACCACAUCUUACCAACCAUCAGCGAACACAUACAGGAGAAAAACCCUAUGAGUGUAAGCAGUGUGGGAAAACAUUCUGUGUGAAGUCAAACCUCACCGAACAUCAGAGAACACACACAGGGGAGAAACCCUAUGAAUGUAAUGCAUGUGGAAAAUCCUUCUGCCACAGGUCAGCCCUAACUGUUCAUCAGAGAACACACACAGGAGAGAAACCCUUUAUGUGUAAUGAAUGUGGAAAAUCCUUCUGUGUGAAAUCAAACCUCAUUGUACAUCAAAGAACUCACACAGGAGAGAAACCAUACAAAUGUAAUGAAUGUGGGAAAACGUUCUGUGAGAAAUCAGCUCUCACUAAACAUCAGAGGACUCACACAGGGGAGAAACCCUAUGAGUGUAAUGGAUGUGGGAAAACCUUUAGUCAGAGGUCAGUACUCACUAAACAUCAGAGAAUUCACACAAGGGUGAAAGCUCUUUCAGCAUCCUGA